AUGGAGCUUAGACAUCUUCAAAGCGAAACUGCCGGUACAUCUGGAAAGCUACCGAACAUUAUUAUUGAUGAAUUUCAAAUAAAAAAAAAUAAAGCUAGAGAAAUUAAACAAGACAUGAAGCUCAGACAUCAGAGUGAAACUACAACUGGAAAGUUACCUAACAAU